AUGGCAGCCCCAACGCAGUUUGCAUACCGAACCCUGAAGGAGAUUGGCAUCGUGGAUGCUGCGCCUGUCUACGAGCCUUUGCCUGGUUUUUUGAGACCCGAAGGAAACUCGCGUUGCUGUACCUACUCCCCUUGCGGCCGCUAUUUUGCCUGGGCUUCAAAUGAGGGCGUUACCGUUGUUGACGCAUCUGUCGGCCACGUCAUCACCAGUCUGCCCACGCCAAACGUGUACGAAAUAGGCUUUUCCCCUCGCGGGUCAUACAUCAUCACUUGGGAGCGCCCGUCAAAGGACGAGAACGGUGACGCUGUCAAGAAUCUCAAGGUCUGGCACACCGCGGAGGACCUCGCAGAUGGUGCCCCAAAAGAGGUCGUGGGCAGAUUCGUGCAAAAAUCUCAGACUGGUUGGAACCUGCAAUACACCUUCGAUGAGAGGUACUGUGCCCGAACUGUGACCAACGAGGUUCAGUUUUACGAAAGUGGAAACUUGAGCACUGUUUGGAACAAACUUCGAGCGGAAGGUGUUGCCGAUUUUGCCAUCUCGCCUGGUAACAACCACUCUAUAGCAGUUUUCAUUCCGGAACGCAAGGGUCAACCAGCAGCCGUCAAGGUAUUUAAUGUGCCGCAAUUCACCUCCCCCGUUUCGCAGAAGACCUUUUUCAAAGGCGACAAGGUGCAAUUAAAAUGGAACCAACUGGGCACGACACUCAUCGUCCUGGCGCAAACCGAGGUUGACAAGACAGGCAAGAGUUAUUAUGGAGAGACUACAUUAUAUGUGCUAAGCGCAAAUGGUGGGUUCGAUUCCAGAAUUACUCUAGACAAAGAUGGCCCAAUCCAUGAUGUAUCCUGGUCCCCCAACUCGAAAGAAUUUGGUGUGAUUUACGGAUAUAUGCCAGCCAAGACGACGAUCUUCAAUCAGAGAGCUGUAGCUACACACACCUUCCCACUUGGACCGAGAAACACGAUAUUAUUCUCUCCAACUGGUAGAUUUGUUUUGGUUGCAGGUUUUGGAAAUCUUGCUGGUCAAAUGGAUAUUUAUGAUCUCGAAAAAGAUUAUAAGAAAAUCUGCACUAUUGAGGGCGGGAACCCCAGUGUCUGCGAGUGGAGUCCAGAUAGUAAAUACAUCUUGACUGCCACCACAAGCCCACGUCUCCGUGUUGAUAACGGGGUGCGCUUGUGGCAUGUUGGAGGUGGCAUCAUGUACAAUCAGGAUAUGGUGGAGUUGUAUCAUGUCACUUGGAGACCACAAUCAGUGGAGCAGGUUGCAUCGGGCGAUCCAUUGCACCCAAUUCCAAUUCCUCACGCAUCGGCUCUAGCUUAUCUGGGAACUGUCAAGACACCCUCGAAACCUGCCGGAGCUUACAGGCCACCAGGAGCCCGCGGAACCUCGACCCCUCUCCACUUCAAGCGUGAAGACGAAGGUGGAGCUGCUCAUAUUGUUAGCAACGGAACUUCCUUGGUUAAUUCCAACGGGUUCGGACCUCGGGCCAGACGUCAAGUUCCAGGAGCUGAAGCUGUCGAUAAUCUUCCACCUGGAACCGCACCGGCUAGUGGACCCCCUGGAGCUGCUGCUGCGGAAGGGGAUGAAAAUUUGUCCAAGGCUGCGUUGAAGAACAAGAAGAAGCGCGAAGCAAAGAAGGCUAAGGAUGCAGAGGCAAAGGCUGCUGGUCUUGGAGCUGCCUCUGAAGGACCGAGUCACGGUGGGGAGCAUCGUAGUCCAGAACGCCGAGAUCGACGGGAGCAUCAGCGUAGCCGUUCCAAGGGGACUCAAGAUGUUCGUACUACGUCGCAACAACGAUACCGUAGCAACACUGGACAAGGGAGACAGCCGAGUAUGCACCAGAACCAACAUCAACAAUACCAAGGACAAGGUCAAGGGCAAGGUCAAAGAGACUACCAACAGCAGCAAGGGCACCCACAACAGGGUUAUCAGCAACAAGGUCAGCAUCAAAAUCAGAAUCAACACCAAGGCAACCGCGAGUAUCGCGGAGCGAAUGGUGGUGGUGUCUCUCUCCGAGACGUGAACAACUUGUCAAUCAACAUGCCACCUCAAGCGGCGCCUGAGUUGUCAGUCACGUCUCCAGGCGGCGGAAGUCCCAGUGCGAAGAAGCUUCGAGGGCUACAGAAGAAGAUCCGCGCCAUUGAGGAUUUGGAGAUGCGCCUUGCAGGAGGCGAGAAGCUUGAGGAUACCCAAAUGAAGAAGAUCGGUACCAAAGCCUCUGUGCAAGCUGAACUCUCGGCGCUUGAUCAUGAAUAA